AUGAAAAAUGGGAAGAAGAGAGCGACGUGCUUCCGAAUUGGAAUGGCCAGCGGCGGUCUGCGUGAACUGAUCCGAACUUUAGUGGCUAAAGCACGGCCGAGAAGUAAGUGCUGGCGCUUUCUCGAUGUCGCCGGAGCGUCGACGGCGGGCGGGCGGGCGUCACACGGUGUCACCGAAAACAAGAAGUGCUCGCAGCUGCAAGUUAGAGUGUCCGUGUCACUCAUGGCUAGUCGGAGUCCAGUUUUCGUGACAAGGCCGGACGUGUCCAAGUUGAACCUGUCACCGGAGCUCUUGUCGAGCCGCCGGAUUGAUCGUGGUGGUGCUUGA